GGCAAUAUGAAGUGCCAAAAUAUCCAAUUGCCAUUCUUCAGUGUAAUAAUAAAUGAGUAAGAGAUUGGUAUCGAGCAGGGUCGAAAUAAGGAAAUGAGAAAUUAAUGGAGAGAAGGUAGUACUUGGUGCCUGACGACGGACCCCAUUGACCAGCGUCGUUUCCUCUUCCAAGCCAAGCCCUACGACUGACCAGGAGGACCUGCGCCACGCGGUAUUUCCUCGACAGCAGCAACCGCCGCAACUCCGCCCGCCAUGCAGCAGCAGCAGCAGCAGCCGCAGCACAGGCUGCCCCCGCGCGCGCCGCCGCCCCAGGGCUUCGGCGGCGGCCUGGCAUUCUCGCCGAUGCAGGGGAUCGGCAUCGGCAUCGGCGCGUCGUCGUCGUCGCAGGCGGCGGCGGCGGUUGCGGCGGCGGCCAGCGCGCGCGCGGCGGAGCAGAUGGCGUACGAGGACGCCUGGAAGGCCAGCCACCCGGACUUCAGGACGCCCUUCGCCUCCGUCGAGGACGCCGUAACCAGGCUGCUUCCAUACCAUGUCUUCGCGGACUACGAGGGGGACGACCCCGACGGCGGCGGGACGGAGGAGAUGUCGAGCGACGAGAGGUGGGACAACGGGGUGCUGGCCACCCUCGAGGAGCAGAUCACUGAGUUCGAGAAGCAGGUGGUGACCUUCAACGUGGUCGCCCGGAAGCACACCGAGUUGCGGCUGAUGCUGGAGCGGGCGCUGCUCCAGGACGAGCACCGCGCGACGGAGCGCCUCCGCGCCACGCUCGUCGUGCAGCACGAGCAGCAGCAGCAGCGGCAGAAGCAGCAGGAGGAGGAGGCCGCGCGCGCGUCGCGCCAGGCGCUCGCCCAGGCGCAGGCGCAGGUCGCCAGCGCGUGGCCGCUGGUGCAGCCCACCGCGUCGGCGUGGCAGCACGCGCUCGCCGCGGCGGCCGGAGGGCGCGGCGAGGGGGCCGGCCCCGGGCAGGUGGCGCCGGCGCCGGCGCCGGCCCAAAGCGCCGCGAUGCACCCGCAGCUGGAUCCUGCCACGGCAAGCGCGUGGCUGAUGAUGCAUCAGCAACAACAACAGCAGCUGCUGCAGCAGCAACAACAGCAGCAGCUGCAGCUGAGCCUGGGCGCGCAACAACAACAACAGCAGCAGCUGCAGCUGAGCCUGGGCGCGUGGCCGGCGUACGCGGCGCCGCUCGCCGGAGACAACUCGAUGGGGCAGGCGGGGCCGUCGACCGUGUGGCAGGAGCAGGCUGGGGAACAGACGAUGGGCGGCGCGGCGGCGGGUGGAAUGGCGCAGCCGUGGUGGGCGAGCGGUGCACAGAGGAGGGAGCCGUAGGCCUCGAUCUCUUUGCGUCCAUUGCAUGUUGUCAUUGGUAUCAAAUUGGUAGUACAAUAUUUAUAGCUCGCUUUGUGUUGUAUUGUAUCCGUGUGCAUUGCAUGUGGUCUGCGAACUCUGGUUGAGUGCUUGGAUGUAAGAACAACAAACAAACGGUCGAUUUCCUUAUAACAGAUGAUGGUGUUUAGGAAACUUGCAUCUUGAA